UUAAUCCUGUCUUAUUUGACAUAUAUUUCAAAUAAUUUCAUAAAUCUCUGAAAUCCUCCCAACAACAAUGACAAUGUCUUCUGCAGAGAUGGUGAUAUUGCCCAAUAAGGGUUUCAAAUUUACUGAAGAUUUCUUCCUCUUAUUUUGCGAGAAAAAUUCUGAUGGUACAAAACAUUUGCGGCUCAGGGGUAAAGAACUUUACCAAAGAAUAGGUCAGCGUCUGUCCCAUAUGGAUAUGCUGGCCGUUUCAUUGUUUCUACGAGACCAUCUAGAAAUUAUCAGCCUAGAUUUGUGUUACAACAACAUAGGUGAUGUUGGGGUUCAGAUCCUAGUUGAAAAUUAUUUUGAGUACAAAAAUACUUUGGUUGAUCUGAAUCUAAUCUUCAACGACUUGUCAUAUUUAGCUCUCUCGGAGCUGUACAGGACGUCCAAAAAUAUGCGAUUGAGAACAUUGAGACUGACUGGGAACAAGUUCGGGAAAAAAGGUGGAGAGUAUGUUGCUAAGCUGAUUGAGAGUUUACCUACCCUAGAGCUAGUAGAGUUGGGCGAUACCGAUCAAGUCUUACCCAGUAUCGAUGCAAUAUUAGAAACGACCAAAAAAAGCAACUUGAAGGUUUUGGAUAUUUCCAGAGUUUUACCGAAAUCUGAAUAUGAAAUACUGAAUCCAUCGUGGCUGGCAAAGAACGUCGGUCUUUUUCUUGAGGUCAAUAAAAUAUUGACAGAAUUACAUAUGGAAAAAUGUGAACUAGAUGGACACGAUGUAGAGAAGUUGAUGAAUGGGAUGAUGUAUAAUACAUCACUAAAAUUGUUGAAUUUAGCUUGCAACAGGAUAGGAUCUUAUGGUAUGAAAAUACUAGCCAAAUGGUUGUCAGAAAAGCCUCCAUUGCAGGGAUUGGAUGUGAGUCACAACCAAAUUUCUGAUCAUGGAGCAAGAGCACUCAGUUUCGGAAUGUGCUACUCAAGACUCAAAUUCCUCAACAUCAGUUAUAAUAGGAUAGGCGAUGAUGGAAUAGCCUGUAUUCUCGACACGCUCAAGAAACCCUAUCAGAUGCGCUUGUUUUUCUUCUAUGGAAACCCCUUCGGUCCGAAGUCUCUGAAGAUCGUGAAGAGGAUGAUAUUGUCGGGUGUCUUAGAGCAGAAGUACAUUGAUACAAAGUUGUACGAAGUGGAUGGAGAGUUGAAAGCUGCUUAUUAUCCGACAAAUCACUUCAAACAACAGUAUUAUUCCGUUAUGAUGCAUGGUUUUCCGGAGGUGUUGAAGAUCAAGAGAAACGUCGUUGAACCACCCAAUGAGAAACGACGGCCAUUUUUCUUUCUUCCUUACUAUGAGAGAUACCAGCCGCUAGAUGACUAAUUUUUUCAUAAUCGACAAUUUUUUUA